UUAUUACAAGCCCAUAUUGCUAAGAUGAUUCCAAUUUAGAAGCCCAAUUUAACAAAAUUAACAAUGGGCCCAGCAAAUUAAGAAAUUAGUCUGAAAAAUCCUUUUCCAUUUUCCAACGGUAACAUUUUUCAAAAAACGCAGAACAAUUUUUAUUGAGUGGAACCCCAAAAUCUCGCAUAAAGAAUUAUCAUCUCUUCCUAUUAUUUUUCUUUGAAGCUCUCUCAAGAUUUGAUACACGGCGAUGGAAUAUUCCGAGGAACAACAGUAUGAAGAAUCUGAAAUUGGUUCGGAAUAUUCCGACGAUUCACAAGACGACCCGACUUUCGACGUUCUUGAGGAGACUCGCUUAACCUUCUCAGACCUAACCCUCAACAGAAAAAUCGACACCCAUAUUGUUAAUGGAAAGAAUGAAAAAGAAGCGGAAGAAUCGGAUGCGAUCGAAACGGUUAUGCCGGAGCUCGACGAGAAGGACAAAAAAAGCUACGAAACUAUCCAGAAAAUUAUCGAAGGUGGUGAGGUGGAGAGAUUGAAAGUGGAGCAAUGCAAGGUUUAUUUAAGGAAACACGGAUUGAGAUUGAGCGGCAAGAAAGAGACACUUAUUCUUCGUAUUAAGGAGCAUAUCGAUGUUGUCAAUGGUGAUGGGGAGAAAAAGUAUCCGGCAUCUAGUUUCGUAUUGAAUUGCAAAGGUGAUGCAUGCAUGGGAGACGUAGUCAUGUUCGAACAGAACGUAUACGAACUAUUCAAUAUUGCAUCUCGUAGUGCAUGCGGUCCGCCUACCGGGACAAGGGUUGUUGCAGGGCGGAUUGUGAAGGAGAGCUACGGGGCUGCCAAGCAGCAACAUACAUUUACGAUUGAAGUGCUAUGGAGUAAAGGAGAGAAACCUCUGCCGCCACUUCACCCACUGCUCAUCAAAGGCAGAAACCUCUACCGAUUGAAAACUAUGAGACAGAAAUGGGACGACGAAGGAGAAAGGCAGAAGAUUCUGUCGGAAAAACACGCUAGAGGCGGUGCUGCUCGUUCGAACAGAGAAGCACGCAUUCAAGAAAAGGAAAUUCGGAAAACGCACAAGGGAGAUAGGACAACGAAAAACCCUGUACCCGUGAAUAGAGAGAAACCGAUUAACCAGGCGAUCGAGCAAGAGAAUAUUCUGCAUCGGCAGCCUAAUUAUAUUCCAGCACAGCAUAUUCAUCAAAGGCAACCUUUGACGAGCACAAACUACGGUUUUCAAAGGGGGGGCCCACACGAAAGUUCUAUACUAAGGAAUCCUCAAACCUAUUUUCCAAACGCGAAUCAUCUCGAGAAUCCGUUAUUACAGAGGCCUAUGUUAAAAGAAAAUCGAGGGUUGCAUGGAUUCGGUGGUCAUAACCGUAAUAUACAGCAAACACGUGCUUACGUACAACAAAAGCAGAUAUGCAGGCACUUUGUUCAAGGAAGGUGUACAUAUGGAGAUAGGUGUAAGUAUUUGCAUGAACCAGCUGCUGCAAAUAUGAGAUGAAGAACAAGGUGUUUUCAAAUUUAUGUUUCAUUAAUAUGAUGAUUUAAUUUCUUUAU